AUGGCCGCCGUCGCUGCACUCCGUUCGUCGGCCAACCGCCACAUCUCAGUCAACGUUGCGCGUCGCUCGAUCGCGCCGCUGGUUCGCACGAACGCGACCACUGCGAAGUACGAAUAUGUGCCGGGCGGUCCCAUUUACAAGGGCACCGUGAACGACCCUACCACCUUCCCUCCUCCCUCUAAGUCCCACGGCUCCUACCACUGGGCAUUCGAGCGCUUCCUGGCCGCCGGCCUGGUGCCGCUGACUGCCGCUGCCUUUGUGACCAGUGGAAGCUCUGCACCUCUGCUCGAUGGCAUCCUCGGUGUCAGCCUGGUCAUGCACAGUCACAUCGGGUUCGACUCGUGCCUGGUAGACUACCUCCACCCGCGCAAGUUCCCGGUUAUUGGAAACAUCGCAACAUGGACUCUCCGCGCAGCAACUGUCGGCGUGCUCGCGGGUGUGUAUCAGUUCAACACCCAGGACGUCGGUCUCACGGAGCUGAUCUCGAGGGUCUGGACGGCAUAA